AUGGUCCAGGAUCCUCUCUCGCAAACGAAGCUCAAGAUGCCCUUUCAUUUCUGGCACGGGACGCUGUCCCUGGCGCGCUUCAACCCAAUUCCACAGUCGCUCCGGCCUAGCCGGAGGCGGCCUCGUCAAAAGUCGGGAGCGUCCAGUACGCCAGCGCGUCCCGAUCACGUCGCCGCCCUGAAGACUUCUUUCAACCCCGCGGAUGGUCUGCGAGCCCUGCAGAGGCAUAGAUGGAACGUUUACGAUCUGCAAUAUGUCGUGCUGCUUGUCGCUCUGGUCUUCUCCUUCUGGAUCGCCCCGAUACCCACCCUGAUUAAGAUGGGCUCCGUUGCAGUCUACACCCUGCUCGUGCUGAUGCCCGCCACGAGGCAGUUCUUCCUGCCCAGCUUGCCGAUUUGGAUGUACCUCCUCUACUUCUUCUGCAGCAGGUUUAUUCCCACCGAGUACCGACCGCACAUCUGGGUCAAGGUCCUCCCAGCCCUCGAGAACGUCUUGUACGGUGCCAACCUGUCCAACAUCUUGUCGGAGCACACCUACGCUGUGCUCGACGUCCUGGCCUGGAUCCCCUACGGUCUGGGUCAUUUUGCUGGCCCGGCCUUCACUGCAGUCGCCCUCUUCCUCUUCGCUGCUCCCGGCACGACACCGGUCUUUGCGCGGGCAUUCGGCUACCUCUCCUUGCUCGGUGUCACGAUCCAGCUCAUCUUUCCCUGUACCCCGCCGUGGUACGAGAAGGCCAACGGUCUCCAGCCCGCCCAUUACGGCAUGGAGGGCUCACCUGCCGGCCUCGCCCGCAUCGAUGCCAUCUUUGGCGUCGACAUGUAUACUACCAGCUUCACCACUGCUCCCGUGCCCUUUGGUGCCUUCCCCAGCUUGCACGCCGCCGAUGCCAUCCUCGAAGCCCUGUUUCUGAGCUACUGCUUCCCGCGGUUCCGCGCCCUCUUCAUCACCUACGUUGGCUGGAUCCUGUGGGCCACCAUGUAUCUGAACCACCACUAUGCCGUCGACCUGGUCGCCGGCGGUCUCUGUGCCGGUAUCUUCUACUACGUCGCCCGUCAGAACUUCUUGCCGCGCCGCCAGCUCGACAAGAGGAACCGCUGGGAGUACGAAUACGUCGAGGUCGGCGAGAAGAACUACAUCCCCGACGAGGAGCUCGGCUUCUACAGCUACAGCCGCGGAUUCAAGGACAACGAAGACUACGACCUCAGCCUGCUGCAGCGGAGGAGCACUGGCGACAGCGACGAGUGGACCAUUGGCAGCAGCUCUAGCUUUGCUUCCUCGAGCGCGAGCGCUUCUGGCUCUGCUAGCAGCCCCGUGAGCCCAGCGCUGUCAGACGACGGGUUCAGCCACACCGUGGUCGGUAUGACGCCUCAGGGCAACUUCUGGGACGGCCAGGGUGUCGGACGGGAGAGCGAGCUGAGCGAAGUCGUCGUUGUGAGGUGA